AUAAAGGGUAACCGGAGUAUUUUUCUUUUUUUACUUCCUUUUGCAGCACACACACACACAAACACAAAACCCAGCUUUGGUAGCGAACGGAUUUUGGUUUUAGCCUAAAAUACCCCCCUCUUCCAUCUCUGUUAUGCUCUCUGUACAGGGUUCAGUCAAGUUUUGCAAAGCCAAAAGAAGAUGAGAUCACGCCCUGCCUCUGCGGAGAAGGUGUCUUGACAAGCGUUUGUCUGAGGGGAGUGCGAGAAAUUGCAGAUUUAAGAAAACCAGGUGAGUCAUGAAGAGAACUGCAUCUGGGGGACUGGAGGUCCCUUUUGGGUUCCCCGUCAUAGUCUGUGUGUUCUAGGUGGAUAUGAACCACCUCCCUGCUCCCCCUAGAUAUUUACAAGAUUAAAUGGGGGAGAAGGCAUAAUUUACGUUUUAUCAGUAGAGGACAAGCAACCAUCAACACGAAAGACACUUACCAUAGAUUCCGGCGUAUAAGACGACUUUUUAACCCUGGAACAGAGGUUAAAAAGUCGGGGGUCGUCUUAUACGCCGGGUAUUCGCGGCGCGGAGCGGAGCCCACCCCUCGCUGCUGCUGCAGCGGCUCCGAAGCAGCAGCAGAGACGGUGGGCAGCUGCCAAUUUGGGGGGGGCGUCUAAUACGCCCAUUAAAGGGACGCAGGUAGGGCUGUGGGUUAAACCACAGAGCCUAGGACUUGCCAAUCAGAAGGUCGGCGGUUCGAAUCCCCGUGACGGGGUGAGCUCCCGUUGCUCGGUCCCUGCUCCUGCCAACCUAGCAGUUCGAAAGCACGUCAAAGUGCAAGUAGAUAAAUAGGUACCACUCCUGCAGGAAGGUAAAUGGUGUUUCCGUGUGCUGCUCUGGUUCGCCAGAAGUGGCUUAGUCAUGCUGGCCACAUGACCCGGAAGCUGUAUGCCGGCUCCCUCGGCCAAUAAAGCGAGAUGAGCGCCACAAACCCAGAGUCGGCCACGACUGGACCUUAUGGUCAGGGGUCCCUUUAGUAAUACGCCCAGUCACCUACUACACAGGAAUCUACGGUAAAUAUUUGGUCUGUUUUAAAUGAAUUGUUAAUAGUGCUAUGUAGUAAGUGUUAUGUAGUAAUCUGUGCCAGCCCUGCUGUUAGGCACCGUGAUACAACUGCCUCGGGUGACAGAUGGUGGUGGGCAGCAACAGCUACACCUGAUCUGUUCCUCUUGAGCUCUUCCAGCCUCUCUUCAGACAGCAAGAUUUCUUGGGCCGUUUCAGCAAUGUUGUCAUUUUUGAUAUGGCUGUUGUUUUGGGACUGUUUAUAUUCUCUGUACCACUUUGAACCCGAGUGCAUUUGUGGGAAGUGUGGUUUGUUAAGUAUGCUGGGAAUUGUAGUUCUUUGUGGGAUAAACCACAGUUCCCGGGAUUCUUUGGGGGAGGGGGUGGUUUAAAAGUACUGCAGCAGAAGUCUGUGACUGCAACCAAAGGGGUUUGUAUGCAAACCUACUAUAUAGAUCCCAUUUUUAUGGUUUAUAAUAGCCACAUGGAGUUAGCGCAAAUGCAAUGCUCUCUAUCCCUUUACACUGUGCUAUUUUUAUAGAAAAAGAGGUGCCGGAACUCACCAUGAACACCUCCUUUGUUCUAUUAGAAUGGCAACAAUGGCACCCACGUGAAAGGUACCAGAACUGAGUUCCGCUGAGUUCCAGCUGGAAAAAUGCCCUGCCUUUACACUGAGUAAAGGUCUGGGAGUCAGCUGUUGUAUUAUGGCGUCCUCUAAUCCUUCCAGCCUCCCACUUCCGCACACAAACUCUCCAUGCUGGGCUUUGCUAUGGUUGUGUAUCCCAUGGGCGUGGGAGACCAGAGUUCAUGCUAGCCAGGGCUUUAAAUGGAAGGUAAAAUAAAAUAAAAGCACAGGGAUUUGUGUUUAUGCCGUACAUAUUUAGAACAUGGGCUCACUUGGUGCACAAUGGUCCUCAUUCUGCCUGGAGAGAAUAAAAGCACCUGAUGGAUAAUCACACGUGGUCUAGAUUAGAACAUGGGGAGGAGGGAUAGCAACAUAGGAAGCUGCUUAUACUGAGCCAGAGCAUUGGUCCAUCUAGCUCAAGACUGUGGACACUGACUGGCAGCAGCUCUCCAGGCUUCCAGGCCUUACCUGGAAAUUCCAAAAAUGCAGGCUUUCCCCACACAAAGCAUAUAAUGCUUGACAGCUAGGGUGUGUGUGUCUUUUUCUGUGUGUGAUGGGCUCUCCUACCUUCCCCAAACACCACUCCUAUUAAAUUGGGAAUAGAAACUGAAGUGGAGGUGGGUUCCCACAAGGCAAGACACAUUGCUAACGUCAAGAACCUUUAUUGAACUAACAGAACUGGACAACAGGGGCAAAGCAACUGCUUAUAUGCAUUUCUGAAGGCCUGGACCACUCCCACUCCCAACGUCUAAACUUCCAAGCUGCGAAUCGCGACUCAAGAGUUUAAGGGCCAAUGGUAGAGGUCCAAAUCCUGAAAUGUUCUCUGAUUGGAUAUCAUGUAUCUAAUCAGAACACAGGGGCUCAGAAUCCUUAGUCCAGUCUCAAGACAAACACAGAGCACUGAAUGCAUAACAGAAACCAUCUUGGUCCACUCUGCUGUUUCUGACAUCUGAAGGCAGCCCUGUUUCUGGAAUCUUUUAAUGUUUGAUGUAUUAUAGUAUUUUAAUAUUCUUUUGGAAGCCGCCCAGAGUGGCCGGGGAAGCCCAGCCAGAUGGGCGGGGUAUAAAUAAUAAAUUAUUAUUAUUAUUAUUCCACCCCCAUAGUUACUCAAAUCCCUUUCUUUCAACUGAAAGAAAGAGCUGUAAUUUUCUCCUAGUGUCUUUCUCUCUAUUUUGUAACUUGGGUUGCUGUUUCCUUCCCCUGCUGUGGUUCCUGGGCUUUAGCAGCUAUUUGACCAGCAAAAUUUGGUGGCAAAGCCCUCCCAGGCAGCCACAAGUGGCAGCGAUGGGUGGAAAGCUCAUCCUGUGGUAUUUCUGCCUGUCACACCACUCACUGAAAGGACGGGUCUAGUGUGGGAGGGGGCUGGGGAGCUGCCAUCCUAUGAUGCCAUAGAAGUAGGAAAAGUAGGGUGUCGGUAGGACAGCUAGAUGCUGUCCUUUCAUUAAAAAUAAAUAAAUCAUUAGCUGUACUUUUUCUUCCCCGCUCCACCUCCUGAAAUUCCUUCCGCAACACAUUAUUAAAAGCAUAGGAGCUUCAGUUCCCCCUUUACACUUGGCCGGCCUACCGAACACGGCAUUACAAAAGCGGAUUGCACGUUUCAAAACCACAGAGCAGUAACCAUGGCAAUUGACGUAUUUCUGAUUUCAGAAAACCUAAGCUAUCGAGGGCCCCUUUUAACCGAGGCAGAGUGUGCAAAUGAGGGUUCGCCUUACAGGUCAGAAACAAGUACUGAAUCGACUCCAGAGAUCAGGCCAAUAAGCGGCGCAGUGAAAAAUCAAUCCCUGGACUUGCCUUGACCUGCUUGAGAUCCUUGGAGGUUUUCCAUCUUCAGCUUCACUCAACGGAUUGACAGAGAGGAAGGGAGCCCUAUUAUAGUGUGGAGAUUGAAUGUCAUCUUUUUAGUAGGUCAGGGACAUGCCUGGGUGUAGCAAUGAACACAUCUGGCCAGUGGCAGAGUGGCAAAAUUCAAAGUGUGGGAGCUCAUCAUUAUAGCCGUUAUAACCAGACCUGCAAGUAGACAGUUGGGUUGAUUCAUUGUUGUUAGGGAUGGGGGUUGGAAAUUCAAUUAAGUUGGCUCUUUAAAUGCAAACCUGCCCAAUUCACAUUUUUCAAAAUGAUGUGCAAGCAGCCAGGCUUCAAAAUUUGCACUUCUCCAAAUUUGGAAAUGCAGUUCUCCAGCCAAGUAACGUGUCAAAAAAAUGCAUGUAUUAGGGUAAAACAUGCAGAAAUAUGCAAGUAUUUGUGAAAAUCAUAGAAAACUGCACUAUAUUAGGGGGAAACUGGUUUGCAAAAAUGUGUGCAUUGGGCAAAAUCACAUACAAAAAUUAGGUUUCUUAGGAUAAAUUCACACAAAAAAUGCUGCUGAAUUUUCACAGCAAUAUUUUUAAAAAGUGCAAAUUGCCAAAGAAAUGUGGAGAGCCGUAAUUUAAGAUUAGAACAAUGAGAACUUGAGAAAGCCCAAAGUGACAGAUCUGACCAUCCCUAGUUGCUGCAAAAUGUCCAACAGCAACGGGAGGAAACUAUCAAUGUGUUUUAUGAAUGAUCUCAGACAGACAGGCUGGGAUUUAUACAUGCAGGCUUUGUCCAGGGCUUUGAGAAUGUCAUGGUCUUAGCCUGGGACCAGACAAUGUGGCUUAUGGGUGGUGUUUGGGCAGGGCCAGAAUAAGACCUUUAGGGGCCCUAAGCUCUUAAAAGAUUUGGGUGCCCCCAUUAGGGCUGCUAUACAUUCAGAGUUUCCCAGACAUAGCCUGGAUUCGUCCAUCAAAAACCCAGCUGCAUGGCAGCCCAUACUGGAAGUACAGAUUUUUUGGUGAUUUUCCUAAAAAGAAAAGAGAAGCUCAACAACUUUGCCAAAAAAAGUUUGUGUCUGGACUUUCACUUUUUGAAAUAUGGCAACCCUAGUCCCCAUAUUUAUCUAAUUCAAUAUAUAAACUGUAAAAAUCACACACACACCCACCCACCCCGAAAUGAAACGAAACCUACAGUAAGAUGGGAAAUAAUGCUUAUUUUUGUAUUUAUAUUUUAGGGUGGAAAUUCCCCUGCUUUUUCUAAUUGCAAAGCCUUUGAUCAGGUCCUUAAAACUAAUAUUACAUAACACACCUGCUUCUAGAGUUAGCAGAGAUAAGGCAUGCCUUGUUGCAUAGUUGUUCUGUUGGGAUUUUUAAUGUACUUCAGCGGAGAAAAUGAACACUCGGCUGAGCAAUUUGUGACCAUUAGUGUUAAAAAUCCGGCAAUGGAAUGUUUCUGUGGUGCCCCCCCCUUUUUUCUUGAUGCAUGUGUUUAUUUCACUUAAUGGUUAAUUCAAUCCUGCGUAUGUGUGCUUAAAUCGCUUCUGGAAUGAAAGGGGCAAGGUGGGUGUGCAACAGCGGCCUCUGCAAUUGGCUGGCAGUAUGACUGUACAGUGGUACCUCGGAUUAAGUACUUAAUUCUUUCCGGAGGUCCGUACUUAACCUGAAACUGUUCUUAACCUGAAGCAUCACUUUAGCUAAUGGGGCCUCCUGCUGCCGCCGCGCCACCAGAGCACGAUUUCUGUUCUCAUCCUGAAGCAAAGUUCUUAACCUGAAGCACUAUUUCUGGGUUAGCGGAGUCCGUAACCUGAAGCGUAUGUAACCUGAAGUGUAUGUAACCCGAGGUACCACUGUAUAUGCUUUAUGGGGGGGGGGGGGAAUGUGUCAUGUGAGAUGUUUCAGCUUCUCCCCAGCCAUCUUCUGCCCCUCAUUGCCCCACCAUCUCUCAUCCAGCCUCAGUCCUUGGAAACAAUCGCCCAACCUAAACUUUUUCUCUGUGCUUGCAGAGGCCUCUUUGCAUCUAAUCUGGAGCUGUUUUUUCACUCUAGCAGUCAGCUAGACACCACCCUCCAAACUGUUUUUUACAAUUUUUAUGGUCAGGCAAUGAUACUACAGUCAGACCUCGGGUUGAGUGUGCUUCAGGUUGACCGCUUUCGGGUUGUGCUCCGCGGCAACCCGGAAGUAACGGAGCACGUUACUUCCGGGUUUCGCCGCUCAUGCAUGCACAGACGCUCAAAAUGACGUCACGCACAUGCACAGAAGCGGCAAAACACAACCCGUGCAGACGCACCAUUGCAUCUUACGUUCCAUUCAGAAUGCGAACGGGGCUCUGGAACAGAUCCUGUUCGCAUCCCGAGGUACCACUGUAUUACAUUGUGCUGGGCCCGGGGGUAACCCGUGGAACACGGUCAAGAACCAGUCCAGAAUCCGAAGGUUCCACUGGGAGUCAGUCCGACAGGGUCAAGGCAGGACACGAGGCAGGAAACCCGGCAAGGACAGAUACAGGAUCUCAGACAGGAUCUAGCAUACAGCAAUGUUGCUCCCACAACCUAGGGCAGGGUCCGACAGCCUUUUAUCUUUGUUGGGGUAGCGGCUGGUCUUGAUCCCCUGGCGGCUCACCUCCCUGUCUUGCCCAAAGGCGAGCACUCCUCCUGCGAGUACUCAGGUCUCUCCUUCUCUCAGACCUGAGUCUCUGAAGCUCGGGAGGCGUCGGUGGGUGAGUAAACCCAGGAGCCGCCUCAGCCUCCCCUGACCAAACCGGUAGUGGAGCAGCUGUAAGUGAUGGCCCAGCUGGAGGCAACGAGGUAAUCCCUGCAUCUGGAGCCAGGGCAGGCUCAGGCCCCUGACUCAGCCCAGCUGGUGCUUAUUGUUGCAGGGGAACCUGUGCAGACUGGGACUCUUCAGGAUCAGACCGCAUACUGGUUCAGAUGAUGCCUGAGGCAAAGGAUCUGGUGCAGACUGAGUCUCCUCUGGUUCCGAGUCCGAGCCCAAGUCCCAGGCCAUCACACCCAUAUGUAAAGCUGGCCUUACUGAUAGUGGGUGUUUACUGCACAUAUCAGCAAUAGUUGUUUCCUGCCUUCCACUUCUGUAACUUACUGAUUAACUUUCCUGCUUUGUUUCCCUGCCCUGCCCCCCCCCGCCUCCCACAGUAAAAAUAAGAGAGAGAGAAGCAAGGGAGACGAGUGGGGAAAUGGAGUUGCCAGCGUCUCCAGAAAAAUGCACAGAGAGUGAAAUCGGCAGUUGUCUUCCCAAAGAUUCUCCGCCCUUGAGUCAGCAAGGAGAAAACGAGCCCAAAAACUUCAUCAGGGGUAUCAGAGAAGUGCUGAGCUUCAGGGGAAACGCAUCAAAAUUGGCCAAAGAGAAACUGGCUGAAGCUAAAAUGGAUGGAGAUAAAACAGAAAUAAGCGGGAGGAAUGGGAAAUUGGAGGUGCCAUCACAGCCGGAGUCUCCAGGGAAAAGUGCAGAGAGUGAAGGUGCACACUGUCCUCCCGAAAACUGUCCGUCCUUGCAUAAACAAGGAGAAACUGAGCCAAAAAGCUUCAUCAGGGGUAUCAGAGAAACACUGAGCACCAGGAAAAGAAAGUCGCAAAGCCUCAAAGAGAAAUUAAGUGACACUAACACGGAUGGGCAUAGAACAGAAACCAGAGAGACUGAUGGGGAAAUGGAGCCGACGGCAGAACCAAAGUCUCCUGCAAAACGCACGGACGGUGAAGAGGCACCGAAAUCUGCCGAAGAGAAAUCCACUGAAGUCAAUGUGGGUGAAGAUAAGGCAGAAAUAAGGGAGGUGGACGGGGAAAUGGAACUGCCAUCAGAGCCAAGAUCUCUGGCAAAACAUACGGAGGGGAGUGAAGAUGGCAAGCGCCUUCCCAAAGAAAAGGAGCCCCAAAACAUCAAUAAGAUAAUAAGAAUGAGCUUGAGGAAAGGUAGAUCAAAAUCUCUCAAAGAGAAAUCGGUUGAACCUAAACUGGAUGAAACUAAAACAGAAAUAAGGGAGAAGGAGAAGGAGGAGAAAAUGGAACCUUCAGUGAACAACACAGAAGGAGAAGGUGACAAUUUCUUGUCAAUUGUUUUGAAUGUUGUUUUUAAUGCUGUAACCUGCCUUGGGACCUUAGGGUGAAGGGUGGGAAAUCAAUCAAUCAAUCAUUCAUUGUCUUCCCAAAGGUUAUCCGCACCUGAGUCAUCAAGGAGAAGACGAGCCAAAGGAAUUCAAACCAAUUCGGAGCUUGAGCUUGAUGGGAAGUGCAUCAAAACCUGUCACAGAGCAAUCGGCUGAAGAAGUGGACCCCUCCAGGUCCAGCAAGCGUUUUUCAUUCGUAAAGAAAAAAAAGACCAGACAUCCGAAGGAGAGUAAGGAGCCUGAAGAAGAAGAAGACCAUGUUCAGAACGAACCACUGUCUGGUAAGAAACUGAAGAUACUGUUGCUUGAUGUUGUUUUUCUGGGUUGUUCUGGAUGGCAAGGCUUGAAAACAGGUGUAUAGUUCUUUCAGCCUAUCACAAUACAGGGCAUAUUUACUAUACCAAAUCAAAUAUUGAAACUGAGUUGAGUGCUGGUGCCUUCCUUGUAAAUUCAGUCAAUAACAUUUAUCAGGUACCCCUACUGAACGAGACUCAAUGGGUGUCCAUCAGGAGCAGGGACUUUUGGGUGGUGGUGCCAUCCUGACCACUGGCUGUGUUGUUUCACGGAUCUCAGGGCCCUGUACCGUUCGGCCCCCUUUACUUUUUGUUCACAUAUCAACCUAGGGAGGAUGGUUAGAUCUGAAAGAUACUGCUCUGGGAGCUCAGAGUCAGCUUUCUGGAUGAGCAGGGAACUGAACCCAGGUGUCCCUCAGCUAUUAUAAUUUGUGGGAACGACAAUUAGGAGAUUUGCUUUCUUUCUUAUAAGUGCCUCUUGGACGCUGCUUUUGCUUGCUUUCAGUUUUGCGUGAGUCUCUUUUUAUCUGCCGGAAUGUGCUCAGUGCUUGUUUCAACUUUGCCUUGAAAGGAAAAUUGGUAAAUUAAUUGGGGUCAGCCACUUUUUCGAAAUCUAAUCUUCAGCGCCUGCCAGAGCCCAAACUCUCUGUCUGUCAGCGGUAUUUUGGUACAAGUUGUUACUAGCCAGCUGCCUUCGCUCACAUCACACACAGAGGCACUAAGCAAAUCAUUUCUGUGCAUGUGAACUACACAACCGCAAAGUGCAGAGCAGGUAUUUAACUGGGCCUUGAUGGGAGCAGUCUCUCAUUACACUGCACAGUUUUAUCUAUCUCCAUCAUGUCCUUUCUUAGUCAUCUUUUUCUGAACACAAAAGCUUUCAGUACAGGGGUGAACAAACCCAGGCCUGGGGGACAAAUCCAGCCCUCUGGCCUGCUCCAUCUGUCCAUGGGACUCUCCUCAGGCCACAUACCCGCUCCAGCCCUCCUUCGCACUCCCUUAAGAGUUUCUGUUUCUCUGGAAUGUGCUCUUGAACUCUGAUAAUGACUCUAGCAGGGGACUAAAUAGUACAGUCGCCUCCCUUGCAUCCUCACUGUGAGCUUUUCCAUCUUGCUGUGACUGUCAGUUUGCAUUUCUUAGUGCAGAAAGUAUUGAUCUGAUGUGUAGAGAUCUUUUCUAUUCUUCUUAAUUCAAGAGGGUUCUGGAAGCUUCUCUGUGUGAAAGAAACAAGCAGAAGGUUCAUGAUGUUUGGGUUUGUAAUGGCCUGGGAUUCAGAUUCGGACUUGGAUGCUGAACCUGAGGGAUCCCAGCCUGCACAGGAUUCCCCACCUCCAGAACCAGCUGAGCCGGGGCUGGGGCCUGAGCCUGAAGGGUCCUCACCUGUGCUGGAUCCUCAGGUGCAGGCACCAGCUAAGUCUGCUCUGGCUCCUGAGGUGAUGGAGGACCCAUUGCCUGCAGGUGCUCCACUCACAGCCCCGUCAGAGGAAGCUGAGGUUGCCUCUGGGUCUGGUAACCCUCCAGCCUCUCCUGAACUGCAGAGGCUCAGGGCAGAGAGACAGAGGGAACUAAGUUCACACAGGAGGAGUGCUCGCCUCCAGGCCAGGAGAGGCGAGUCACCUGUGGAUCAGGGCCGCCCUAUGCCUCGGGGCAGAUAAAAACCAGCCAGCCCCAGUCCCAGGAGCAAUGUUGGUGGUUGUCAGUCCCUGCCUGAACCCUGCCCUGCACCCAGCUUUGACUUUUACGGACUGCCUUCAUCUUGCUUCAUCGACCAUGGACUGGACUUGGACCUUGCCUCUUGAUUAACCCCCGGGACCAGCACAGGGUUAUUCCUCCAGAGAAGCUGAGUACAGCUGGUUUAAACUGUUAUCUCUUCAGUCAAGGCCAGAAGGAAGCUGGGUUUCACUUUCUCUUUCUAUUUCUUUUCCUUCUGGUGUUCUGUAUGUAGUGUUAAGGUUUAGACUUAUUAUAAGUUAUUGUAAGUUUAAGUUAAGUCUGCUGCAACUGGACUUCUUAUGGGCAGUGCCAAUCCUGAAUGUACUGAUUUGUGACCAUUAUGUUCAUUUGCCUUCAGUAGCAGUAAAGCUCUCCUGGAUGAAAUAUUAAUUGCCUCUGGUCUAUUUUUGGGGAAUCCUGCAAUGUGUUUAAGUUUUUACUCUGCUAACUAUGCAUUAGAGUUCUGCUCUGGAUCAAUAUUGAGUAGAAUUCCAUGACAGUGACUUCCUCGCAAAGCAUUUUGAGGACAAAACCACUUGCAUCCACUGUGAUCUUGACUCCACUUUUACAGCAGAUAAAUAUCAUGAGGUAUGCAGAGCACUGUCUAAGGCUGGAUCUGCACUGAUCUUUUAAACAUUAUUAUCAUUUUAAAAUGUCACAGGCAUUCCCUUACCUUUAACACAUGGUUUCCCAAUUGCCAGCGGCUGUUUAAUGCAUUCUUAAUGUUAUAGGGAAAACAUAAUUUGCCCUUAUACAGUAUGAAAACCAUUCUUAAAGCUCCCUUAAUGUUAUAAACCAUGAGUGUAGAUCUGCCCUAGUCUUGUUGUGUUGGAUGAGUUUCAGUUAGCAAGACUCAGCGAUGUGGAGAAGGUGCUUGGACUGGUUAGGGCAACCACUGGCACUCUUAGCUGAUAAAAACUAGCAAGGAGGGGACAGCUGGCUGGGCCAGGGAGGUGAUUAAGGAUUCCUUGCAGGUGGGUUGGUCCCUGCCUACCUGAAUGAGGCAGUGGUAAGACCACUCCUCAUGAAACCUCUCUGGAUUCGGAAAAUCUAAGUAAUUACCAGCUAGUUGCCAAUAUCAUAACACUGGUCCUGAGAUAUCUGCAUUGGCUCCCAGUACAUUUCCGAGCAUAAUUGAAAGUGUUGGUGCUGACCUUUAAAGCCCUAAAUGGCCUCGGUCCGGUAUACCUGAAGGAGCGUCUCCACCCCCAUCGUUCAGCCCGGACACUGAGAUCCAGCGCCGAGGGCCUUCUGGUGGUUCCCUAACUGUGAGAAGCUAAGUUACAGGGAACCAGGCAGAGGGCCUUCUCAGUAGUGGCGCUUGCCCUGUGGAAGAUGUGAAGGAAUUAAGCAGCUAUCUUAUCUAUAAAAGACAUCUGAAGGCAGCCCUGUUUAGGGAAAUUUUUAAUAUUUAAUGCUGUAUUGUUUUUAACACUCGAUUGGAAGCCGCCCAGAGUGGCUGGAGAAACUCAGCCAGAUGGGUGGGGUAUAAAUAAUAAAUUGUUGUUGUUGUUGUUGUUGUAAUAAUAAUAUCUCACCUUUGGGGGAAGGUUUCUUGAGCGGGUGGUCCUGAAUCAGAUCCAGGCACUGUUGGGGUAAACUGAUUUUCUAGAUCCAUUUCAAUCGGGGUUUAGGCUCAGUUUUGCCACAGAAGCUGCUUUUGGUUCUCCUCAACCUCUCAGCUGCUUCUGAUGCCAUCAACAAUUGUAUCCUGAAAAACAACAUCUGGAGGUCCACAGGUUUCCUCAUGUCUGGAAUAGAUGGACCUUCAGUGUGAUCCAGCAAGUCUCUUCACUUGCACUUAUGAACUGGUUAGGAUAAAACCAAUAAAACUUUUUAUUCAUAGCAGAAAUGUUUUGGGGGUAAAAACAAUGUCAGAAUAGAAGUAAGGAAAUGCAAACUUUUCAUUCCAGUAGAACAUUUGCCACCUGUAUUUGGGGAAGGAGAACCUGCAGGCCCUUCAGAAGUUCUUGGACAUGGUCAAUGGCCAGGGAAGAUUAGAGCUGUAGUCCUGGAAUCCCUGAAAGUCCACAAGUUCCCCACAGCUGUUGUAAAGGAUUAAAGCAGUAGUUUUCAACCAGUGUGCCGUGGCACCCUGGGAUGCCUGGAAUGGUAGUCAGCAAUGUCGCAGGCAACACUGGCCUCUGUCCCUCUUUCCUUCCCUCCCUCCUCUGAUGCCCUCUCACGUCUCUGCCUCCCAAAGGCUUGUACAGCUGCUUAUUGCAGCAGCCCUGGCUACAAGCUUCACAGGCGAAUGGUGCCUCAGGGGGUGCUGGUUGCCAGGAGCUGAGGCAGCCUUGAAGUAAGCAAGCAAGUGGGCAAGGGAGCCCAGCCAGCCACUCCACCAGCCCUUCCUGCUGGGAAUGAACAGACAAGUAAGUCCCAGGCCCCUGUGGGGCAGUGUGAGGAGGCACCUCUCUUUGAGAUGAGGGGGCAGCUCAGAGACCAGGAGUGGUGGCAGCGGCUGCCCAGAAGACUCCCAAGGAGAGGAGAGGAGGCUGAGGGAAGAUUCUAGAAGGGAGGGUGCCUGAAAAAGGGCAAGAGGCUGCCAGCUUUGCAGGCAAGGGGUGACAUAACAUGACUCCUGAGCCCCACAAGGGUGCCGCAGAAAGAAUGUAGUUGGUCAAAGGAGCUGUGGAGUCGAAAAGGUUGAAAACCUCUGGAUUAAAGUACAAGGAGCCAGCCUGGUGUAGUGGUUAAGAGCGGUGGACUCGUAAUCUGGUGAACCGGGUUCGCGUCCCCGCUCCUCCACAUGCAGCUGCUGGGUGACCUUGGGCUAGUCACACUUCUCUGAAGUCUCUCAGCCUCAUGCACCUCACAGAGUGUUUGUUGUGGGGGAGGAAGGGAAAUGAGAUUGUUAGCUGCUUUGAGACUCCUCAAGGGGAGUGAAAGGCGGGAUAUCGAGUCCAAAUUCCUCCUCCUCUUCCUCUUCUUCUUCUUCUUCUUCUUCUUCUUCUUCUCUUGAGAACACAGAAGUAGUUCUGUAACUCCUUUUGUUCUUGUUCUGCAUGAAAGAGCCGCCUCCUGCUGUGAGACAAUAGACAAAGCAUCUUGUUUAGGUUUCGUUUUAUUCAACAGAGCAUGGAUGGGACACCUCUGGCCCUCCGGAUGUUUAUUGACUCCAGCUCCCACCAGCGCAAGUGUUAUGUACUGAGUUGAAUAGGAUCCAAACUGCAGCAGUCUGAUUGGUCCUAGAACAAUGCAGCAGUAUGACUGGUUGGCAGGAACUACCCAAUCAUGCUCCAGAUAUAAGUGAAUCCACAACCUGAUUGGCUUACAGUAGAAUUCCAGAAUUAGCCAGUCAUGUGCAGCCCAUUGUGUAAAUAAUGUAUAUAAAGCAGAUACUUUGAGGGGACUUUCAUUCAUUCCUCCUCACCACUAUGAGCUGAAUAAAGAGCAUGAAAUCACUUUGCGACUCUGAGUAUAUUUCAGCAAGCCAGCUUGGCUAAUGGUCAGGGAUUUGGGGGGCUGGAGUCCAGCAACAAGUAAGAGGUCACAGGUUCCCCACUACUGUCCCAGAGGAACUAUUCCAAAUUAUUUCUGAAGAGGAAAACAUGCAGUAGAUGUGGCUUGCUCUCACACUCCAAUUCUCUCUUUAGUUAUGCAGAUAAAUGAACUUAUUAAAAACGGGCAACUUCCAGAAGCCUUCAAAAACAUCAAGGGUUUAGAAAGGGAGCUUCUGGCUGAAAUAGAUGCCAAGAAAUAUGAAGACAACCCCAAGGAAUGCAUUGUGAAGGCCAAGGACAUUGACUUGCUCUACGACUUGGUUUCUAAGGCCAUCCAGCGCAUUGUGGAGGAAACCCUGGAGCUUCCCAGGGUAGAUGCAAAGGCUUUAAACACUCUUGUGACUCUGAUCGCAGAGGAAGAAAAAGCCCAUGCUGGGGCUACAAGCAUCGCUGCCCCAUCUGAGGCUGUGUCCAACCUUGGGUUAGCCAGGAACUGGAGGCAGCUUUGGGAAGACACUGUCAAGCGAAGUGUGGAAAUCAGGGUCUCAAAAGUGCCUGUGCCACUGAAAGAGGACAACACCUCUUGGCUGUCGAUACACUUAGGAUAUCUCAAAGAAGUCGUAAGAACAGAUUUGUUGACAAUCAAGCACUGGGUACACAAAUGCUAUCCACCAGACUACAGUGUGGGCGAUGCAUACCUGAAGGCUUUCCACAAAGCCCUCUCUUUGCAUUUACAAAGCAUCCUGGAAGAAGAUGAGAGCAUGGGAUGCAAUCAAUUCUAUGCAGUACUCAACUGGGUCACUAAUGUAUAUCGCAGGUAGGUUUCCCAUUAAUCACAUGAUUAGGAAAAGGUAAAGGACCCCUGGAUAGUUAAGUCGCAGAUAUUGUUUGGUCCAUGUCACAAGCUAUAGGUGCUGCAGUGUUCAGUAAAAAAGGUAAAGGUAAAGGACCCCUGGACAGUUAAGUCCAGUCAAAGGCAGCAAUGGGGUUGUGGAGCUCAUCUCGCUUUCAGACAGAGGGAGCCGAUGUUUGUCCACAGACAGCUUUCCGAGUCAUGUGGCCACCAUGUCUAUACAACUUCUGGCGCUACAAGACACUGUGACAGAAACCAGAGUGCACGGAAAUGCUGUUUACCUUCCUGCCACAGCGGUACCUAUUUAUCUACUUGCACUGGCGUGCUUUUGAACUGCUAGGUUGGCAGGAGCUGGGACAGAGCAAUGGGAGCUCACCCCAUCGCGGGGAUUCGAACCGCUGAGCUUCCGAUCGGCAAGCCCAAGAGGCUCAGUGGUCUAGACCACAGCGCCACCCAUGUCCAUGUGAUUUCCAUGUGAUCAAGAUGCAGCAGGAUUGUACCGCUGACCCCUCCCACAUGCUUGUGUGGAUUCCUUCUGCCUCUCCUUCAUAUUUUUGUUACCCUGGAAUCCAGUAAUUACUAGGACACCAUUGGAGGCUACAGAGUCACUGGAUAAUGAAAUGAACCUGAUUCCUGGCUCUAGGUCUGAUGCUGGUAAUCUGCUUUGUGCAUCUCUACAUUUUGUAAAGUUUAAAAUUAAAAAAAAUACAAAACACUGUAUGCUACAAAAAAGUGCACACGAAAAGCAUGCAAAAUUAUUAUUAUUAUUAUUAUUAUUAUUAUUAUUAUUAUUAUUUUAUUUUAUACUGCCCUUCCAAAGAUCCCAGGAUAGUUCACAACAGAAAAAUACAAAAUGAGAAUACAGAAUGCAUAAUAAAACAAAAACAAACCAAUAACCCUUCUCCGACAAAAACAUUUUAAAAGCCAUAUAUUUUUAAAACGUGUAUGUUAGUAAAAAUAACACACCAAAAGGAAUUAGAUUAGGGACCACCCCAGCUGCUGCCCUCCUUUCCUUUAAAGCGAUGGGAGGGAAAGACUUUGCCAAGACCAGUAAGGUAUUUUCUGUAAGCCAGAUUCUGUCCACAGGCUUCUGGACGAAGGUCCCAGAUGUAGAAACAUCAUGGAAUGCUGUUUUUGUUUUUGUAGUGAAAAUCUCUUAGGAUGCCCAGAUCUUAAACCAGAAAUAAAAACUGAAGCUCUGCCGGAUUUGUUAACUUCAGAAGAUUUAGACAAACUGAAGAGCAACUACGUUAACUCUGUCCAGGUAACAUCUCAAUUUCCUUGUAUAAAUCAAAGGAGAGGGUGGGGAAGUUUGCAUCACUGAUUGAAUCCUUUGAAACCAAACACAUGCUGCUUUUAUUCCAGACUGUAGCAUUCAGUGCCCCAACUUCCUUUGGAAUGAAGUGAUCGCCUUAGAAAAUGCAUUUAUGAAUGGGAUCCAAAGGCCCCUUAAACUUCCACAGGAGCAAUGCAUUAUUUGUUGAAUGGAGAGUCCUUGUCUACUUCCUGGUUUACAUAUGGGGAUGGGGGUGGGGGGAAUUUGAUUCAAUUAUCAUUUAAAGGCAAACCUAUCCAGUGCUCAGGGAUGCGGGUGGCGCUGUGGGUUCAACCACAGAGCCUAGGGCUUGCCGAUCAGAAGGUCAGCGGUUUGAAUCACCGCAACGGGGUGAGCUCCCAUUGUUCGGUCCCAGCUCCUGCCAACCUAGCUGUUCGAAAGCACGUCAAAGUGCAAGUAGAUAAAUAGGUACCACUCCGGUGGGAAGGUAAACAGCAUUUCCGUGCACUGCUCUGAUUUGCCAGAAGCGGCUUAGUCAUGCUGGCCACAUGACCCGGAAGCUGUACGCUGGCUCCCUCAGCCAAUAAAGCAACAUGAGCACCGCAACCCCAGAGUCGGUCACGACUGGACCUAAUGGCCAGGGGUCCCUUUACCUUUACCUUUAACAGACCCUAGGCCACAACAAAGGCAUGCAGUAGGGCAUAAUCGCCAACAUUUCUCCGAUGAAAAUAGGGAUGCAAGGAGCAUUGAGAAGUGAGUGUGAGCUCUUUUCAUCAAAGCCCCAUGACGGGUUCAUUUAGUGUGCAGGUUUGACUAAUGUACACAUUCUUGGAAGCAAUUUCCCCUAAUAUAAUGAAACUUUUGUACGUUAUUUUUACUUUACCCUAAUAAUAUGUAUUUUAUACACAUUACUUGCCUGGAGAACUGCAUUGCUAAAUUCGGCAAAUUCUCAAGGAUGGCUGUGUUUUGCGGUUCAACAUUUCGUUUGCAAAAGGGAAGAUUUGAAUGGUUUGUCUUUAAAUGCGGACUGAAUUGAAUUCUCACCCACCCACCCACACUUAGCAAUGGGCCACACUGUUUUGCAAGGCAGUUUGUCUGCCCUUGCUGAUUUUUCUCAAGCAGCAGAACUUGACUAGCUUCCAAAGCAUCUUUUGCAUCCAUUUUGAAAACUAUUUUACUGGAGAGCUACAAGGAACUGGGAUGCGUGUGCAUAAAAGAAGUGUCUGCAUAUAUGAUUAUGUUGAUCUGUGUUGUUCCCCUUUAUCUAAAUAUUUAGCAGGAAACCAAGAACUGCUUGGAGAAUAUUUUGAUGCUGGAGACCAAGGAAAAGUGGAAAGGACAGCCAGAUGAGCGGAAAAACCCAUACGAUUCGUUGCUGUCCUACGAUAUUCAAACGGUAUUUGCUGAGAUUGUUCAUAGCACAUGCAUGUUCUUUGAUUCCAGGGAAAUUGAAAUAUUACCUUCUGGUAUGUAGGUGUCGCCUACUGUGCUAAUUUAUGUUAGUCACGUCCUUGGAGAAUGUAUUAGCAAAAUGUAGUUUUAUUACAAUUUUUAACACUGCCACCCCUCGCUUCCUAGCUACAAAUUAAACCUGCUGUCAAUUGUGUCACAGACAUAAUAGGCAACUGAUUUUUAGAGUCUUUUUAGAAGGAAGGAAGGAGUGCAGAGAACAGGGUUGUUACAAAAAGACAUUUGGUGUGGAGAAACCACUUGCUACUAGGCCUGCAGCAGCCUCGAAAAAAGAGAAAGAAGGAGAGAGAAAUUGGGGGUGGUGUGUGUGACCACAACAGAAUGACAACCUCCCACAUUUUUAAAGAGAGAGAGAGAAAUAAAAGCCCCUGCUAGAUUUAGGGAUUGGGAGAUCAAUGAAGCCAGGAGGAACUCGUAUUUUUGCAAUUUGCAGUGGGCUGAGUCAUUUCAGUUAAAUAAAAUGCAAAAGAAAUAAUAAACCCAUAUUGGGAGAAAAUUAAAUUUAAGGUGAGGUGUUUUGGAGGGAGGGCUUUUUGUUCUGCUGCCAUUACUAACGUUUCAUGGGAUCAUUAUAUGUUUUCAAUAAUCAAAAAGUAUAUGGAUUAGCAGAAGUGUUGGGAAUUUUGUAAGGGGGUGCAGCAAUUGCCUUUGUGUCCUGUUUGCUGGCUUCCCUGAGGAUCGGCUUUGACCACCUUACAGAAAUAGGAAGUUGGAUGCAGCGGACCUGAUUCAGCAGCAAGGCACGUCUUAUGAUGUUAGUCUAGCAGGCUUCCUCAACCUCAGCCCUCCAGAUGUUUUGAGACUAUAAUUCCCAUCAUCCCUGACCACUGGUCCUGCUAGCUAGGGAUCAUGGGAGUUGUAGGCCAAAAACAUCUGGAGGGCCCGAGGAUGUUAGUUAAGGCACGGCCGUCCCUCAGAAAUCAGAAUAACACAGGCCUGCUGGUAGGGAUGGAGCAGAAAUGUGAUUCCGUUUGCAUUUAAAGGCAGCCCUGCUUAAUUCACACUUUCUGAAAUAAAAUGAGAUCCUUCAGAAAUUGCACUUCUCAAAAGCUACACCCCACACACUUUUUUAAACCUUUCCCUGACCUUUGAAAAAAUGAUGAGGUGUUUUACUACCCCAGUUGGUUAAACUUCUGGCAAAUAGAUUUCCCUAGCCUCACCCAGGUCCUUCUUGUUUCCUCUUUGCAAAAUGCAAGCUCUGGCAUGUUCUGUGUCUGCCACACCUGAAAAAAUCAUUGAGGUGCCCAUUGUACUCAUCAAACAAAGCCAUUGCCUCUCUGCUUUUUGUUACAUCCCUUGUCCCCUUUGGUCCAGCUCGCCAAACAACACAGAAAGGUAGCCGGCUGCAUAUGCGAAAAAGUGGAAGACGCCGUUCUCAAAGGUAUCGUGAAAGAAGUGACAGAAUUCCUACCACGGUAAUGUCUGCUUGUUUCAAAGUACCAGUGUCUAAACUGGAUCACGUUUUAUGCUUAAUGGUUCUAGCAAAUAGGCAUGAUGGAAAAGCAUCAGCUGUUCUGAGGACGUAGCUGAGGCUUUAGCUCAAGUGCAGAGGCAAAUGCUUCCUCUUCAAAUGAAUCCAAAUUCUGAUUCUGACAUCGCCAGCAAAAAUAACUUCAGACGGAAGAGCUGGAAAAGAAAUCUGGGGCCUGUUUGACCAUCUCUGCAAAUCUCAGUGUCCCCAGCACCAACUAGUAGUCAAAUGCAUAUUGCUUCUCUAAGCAUGAAGGACCCAUUUUAGCUGACCUGGCCAAACAUGAUUGAUAAAACUAUCAUCCAACAACUCCUCUGACUGGGAGCCAGUGUGGUGUAGUGGUUAAGAGCGGUAGUCUCGUAAUCUGGGGAACCGGGUUCGCGUCUCCGCUCCUCCACAUGCAGCUGCUGGGUGACCUUGGGCCAGUCACACUUCUUUGAAGUCUCUCAGCCCCACUCACCUCACAGAGUGUUUGUUGUGGGGGAGGAAGGGAAAGGAGAAUGUUAGCCACUUUGAGGCUCCUUAAAGGGAGUGAAAGGCGGGAUAUAAAAUCCAAACUCCUCCUCCUCCUCCUCCUCUUCUUCUUCUUCUUCUUCUUCUUCUUCAUUUUAUUUUAUUUUUGUAUAUAAUUUUUAUUAAAUUUUCUAAAUUACAUUUCAAAAUAUUCAUUUAAACAACCUUAAACCAAUGACUUUCCUUCUUCUCUUUCUGUGGUUCAUUUUGCAUAACAUACAUCCCUGCAUAUUUUACAUACACUAAACCAUUCAGUAGUCCAUCAAAACUUAUUUACACUGUUGGAUUUAUCUUAAUGCUACCAGCGUUUUUAAAUGAACCCAAUUUUCACCCAUAUAUUCAGUAAACAUUUUCCAGUCUUCUUUAUACGUGUGUUCUUCUUGUUCUCUUAUUUUAUAUGUUAAAUCUGCAAGCUGCACAUAUUCCAUCAGUUUAAGUUGCCAUUCUUCUUUGGUUGGAACCUCACUUGUUUUUCAUUUGGGGGCUAACAAAACACGGGCCGCAGUAGCGGCAUACAUAAAUAGGCUUUUUUAACAGUUGGGAAUUAUCCCCAAUGAAAAGGACUCUGGUGUUUUUUUUGAAAGGUACUUUUAAACGGGUUUUUCCCCCCAAAUAAUUAUAUAUCAUUUCCCAAUCCUCUUUUACCAGUCCACCACAUAUGAUAAAAUGUACCUUAAACAUCAUUACAUCUCCAGCACUUAUGUGAUUCGGACUUAUACAUUUUAGCAAAUCUACUUGACAUUAAAUACCAUCUGUAAAUCAUUUUCAAAGAUGCUGUUCACAUGCUGUGAACUUCAAAUCACUCUCCCAAAGUUUUUCCCAGCUCCUCUGACUUUUAAAAAACCCACAUUAGACAGUGGAGUUUGUUGUAAAGGAAGCCAAGCUGUGAAUCCCCCAGCCAGUAGGUUAUUCCUUAACCCCAUGGCUCUUGGACUAGACAGACAGGAUUUCUGCUAAUCCUCAAAUGCAGGAUUCCUCUAACAGGAAAGGAUGCUGAAGUCUGUGGUGUUUAUGCUUGUUCUGUGUUUAUCACUGGUUAGUGGCCAUUUUUAAUUAGCCACAAUUUUAUUACAGCUUUGGGAAAGCAUUUUUGGACCAAGCGAAAGAUCACCCCCAGUUUCUGAUGUUCAUGAUGGCCUACCUUAACAGCUUCCAGGACUUGAGGUAAACCUGUUUUUUUUCCCAUCACCCUGUGUUUGAAGAGGAGAUGUUGGACCAGAUCUUAGGAUUUAGCACAGAAGGCAAAUUGGUUGUGUUCUUUUGGACAAUGGAACGUCCAGGGAUCGUUUUGCAGGGAAAAUACAAUUCCUCAGUCUCCACACAUUGUGCUGGGUGGAAGUACCAGUAUCAGGGGAACUUAUCCAACAAAGGUAAAUUAAGGUGUGACACAGGUUCCCUAUGCCCAUUUUACUGCCUUACAAUUUCUUUUUAGAAAGCAGCCCUGCACAAAAAUUACUAGUGCACCCCCAAAAAGAUGAACCUGCCCACUAAGAGGCCAGUAACCCCCUUUUCCAUUCUGGUUAUGGAGAUAGGAAAUUAGACACACACCGCUUUCAUACCCUCCAACAUUUAUCCAAUGAAAAUAGGGGCAUCUAUUAUUAUUAUUAUUAUUAUUAUUAUUACACCACCCAUCUGACUGGGUUGCCCCAGCCACCAACAUACAGUAUAUAAAAACAUAAUAAAACACUAAACAUUAAAAAACUUCCCAAUACAGGCAUGCCUUCAGGUGUCUUCUAAAGGUUGAAUACAGUGGUACCUCAGGUUAAGAACUUAAUUCGUUCUAGAGGUCUGUCCUUAACCUGAAACUGUUCUUAACCUGAGGUACCACUUUAGCUAAUGGGGCCUCCCGCUGCUGCUGCACUGCUGGAGCACGAUUUCUGUUCUCAUCCUGAAGCAAAGUUCUUAACCCGAGGUAAUAUUUCUGGGUUAGUGGAGUCUGUAACCUGAAGCGUAUGUAACCUGAAGCGUAUGUAACCCAAGGUACCACUGUAGUUACUUAUCUUAGAAUCAUAGAAUAGAAUCAUAGAAUCAUAGAGUUGGAAGAGACCACAAGGGCCAUCGAGUCCAACCCCCUGCCAAGCAGGAAACACCAUCAGAGCACUCCUGACAUAUGGUUGUCAAGCCUCUGCUUAAAGACCUCCAAAGAAGGAGACUCCACCACACUCCUUGGUAGCAAAUUCCACUGUCAAACAGCUCUUACUGUCAGGAAGUUCUUCCUAAUGUUUAGGUGGAAUCUUCUUUCUUGUAGUUUGGAUCCAUUGCUCCAUGUCCGCUUCUCUGGAGCAGCAGAAAACAACCUUUCUCCCUCCUCUAUGUGACAUCCUUUUAUAUAUUUGAACAUGGCUAUCAUAUCACCCCUUAACCUCCUCUUCUCCAGGCUAAACAUGCCCAGCUCCCUUAGCCGUUCCUCAUAAGGCAUCGUUUCCAGGCCUUUGACCAUUUUGGUUGCCCUCCUCUGGACACGUUCCAGUUUGUCAGUGUCCUUCUUGAACUGUGGUGCCCAGAACUGGACACAGUACUCCAGGUGAGGUCUGACCAGAGCAGAAUACAGUGGCACUAUCUUCUUGGCUCAGGGGUCGUAUAACUCCAUAGCCUCCAACAUCUCUCCAGUGAAAAUAGGGAUGUCCUAAGGAAAAGUGGGACAUUCCCGGAUCAAAUCAGAAACUGGGACGGCUUCUGUAAAUCCAGGACUGUCCCUUUAAAAUGGGGACACUUGGAGGUGCAUUCGCCCAUAGUCACCAUGGAAAUCAAUGCAAUAAAAAUUAACAUGCAAUCGGAAAGACAAGAGAGACAAAAACACGUUAUCAUCUUACAGCCAUUCAAAAUCUAUUUAAACACAAAAUAUAACAAAGCGUUAAAAAAUAUAUAUCAGUAGCCCAUUUCACAUAUAUAGUAUGUUUUUAGAUUUUAUUUUAUGCACUAGCAUUAUUCUGCCUCUAGGUGGCAGGGCACCUCCAGUAAUUAGCAAGACAGUAGAAGGGGCUGGAAAUAAAUUCAGCUUGUUACUGUCAUUUUUUUUAUCCACAGAAGAAACCCAAGCAGGCAAUUAAAAGAAAAACAAGAAAUUAUUGUGUAAACGUAAAUAUACAUUUUUUUGUUUUGAAGGAUUAGUACACCCAGCAAUGUGUGGGAUGCAUUUUUUUCUCCAAACAUGGUUAAAAAACAAACAAAAACAAUUGCAAUAACUAGGGAUGAGCAAAUCUGUCAGUGUUGAUUGUACUUAGUUUCUUGUUUUUCCCGCCUUCAAUUCACCACAUUUCUGCACCAGUUGGCAAUUUUAAAAAGAAGCUGCUCGUGAAAAUUCAUCUGCAUUUUAGUGUACAUUUCUCUUAUUAUUGUUGUUGUUGUUUAGUCGUUUAGUCGCGUCCAACUCUUCGUGACCCCAUGGACCAGAGCACGCCAGGCACUCCUGUCUUCCACUGCCUCCCGCAGUUUGGUCAGACUCAUGCUGGUAGCUUCGAGAACACUGUCCAACCAUCUCGUCCUCUCUCGUCCCCUUCUCCUUGUGCCCUCCAUCUUUCCCAACAUCAGGGUCUUUUCCAGGGAGUCUUCUCUUCUCAUGAGGUGGCCAAAGUAUUGGAGCCUCAGCUUCAGGAUCUGCCCUUCCAGUGAGCACUCAGGGCUGAUUUCCUUAAGAAUGGAUAGGUUUGAUCUUCUUGCAGUCCAUGGGACUCUCAAGAGUCUCCUCCAACACCAUAAUUCAAAAGCAUCAAUUCUUCGGCAAUCAGCCUUCUUUAUGGUCCAGCUCUCACUUCCAUACAUCACUACUGGGAAAACCAUAGCUUUAACUAUACAGACCUUUGUUGGCAAGGUGACAUCUCUGCUUUUUAAGAUGCUGUCUAGGUUUGUCAUUGCUUUUCUCCCAAGAAGCAGGCGUCUUUUAAUUUCGUGGCUGCUGUUACCAUCUGCAGUGAUCAUGGAGCCCAAGAAAGUAAAAUCUCUCACUGCCUCCAUUUCUUCCCUUUCUGUUUGCCAGGAGGUGAUGGGACCAGUGGCCAUGAUCACACAUUAUCAACUAGUAUACACAUUACUGCAAACAAUUUCCUCCAAUACGUAGACAUGUUUGUGCAUACUUUUUGUUGUUGCUGCUGCUGUAUGGCAUUGCAAAAUUCAGAGAAGUGCAGAUUUUAGGAUAACUGUGUUCCUAUUUGUGUAUUGCGUUGGAAAGUAUGAAUUAGGUAGGUUUGCGUUAAAAUGUGAAGCGAAUGAAUUUCACUCCUUCAUCCCUAGUUUGGGUUUCCUUUGGAAUGAGCUACAGCAGAGACUUUGAUGUCUUUAUGAUAUACAGUUUAUUUACACAUAUAUGUGACCUGAGCUGACAGCAUUAACACCCCAAGACAACUUUGCUUCCCCCAUAGCUGCAGCCUUGGAUUCAAACUGAAAUCAAGCAUCGCUCUCACUCUCUGCCUUCCCAGCCUGUUGCUUUCCCCCUUCUAGGUCACGUCACUCAACUCCCCAUUCUGGCCUUUUCUCUUUCUAAUAACCAGCCGGUCGAGGGAGGAGCCCCACCCCUUCGUCAUCUAGCACAGAUCCAUUUCCUUUGUUGCAUUAAUGGCGCACAAACCUAGGCUAUCACCUCACCAGGAAUUUGAAUCCUUCCUCAUAGAGCCAGUGUGGUGUAGCGGUUAAGAGUGGUAGACUCGUAAUCUGGUGAACCAGGUUCGCAUCUCUGCACCUCCACAUGCAGCUGCUGGGUGACCUUGGGCCAGUCACACUUCUCUGAAGUCUCUCAGCUCCACUCACCUCACAGAGUGUUUGUUGUGGGGGAGGAAGGAAAAGGAGAUUGUUAGCAGCUUGGAGACUCCUUACAGUAGUGAUAAAGCGGGAUAUCAAAUCCAAACUCCUCUUCUUCUCAUGGUUUAACACUUGGAUCCCCAAUAAUGCUAAUAAUUAUUAUUAUUUAUACCCUCCCAUCUGGCUGGGUUUCCCCAGCCACUGUGGGCGGCUUACAGCACAUAAAAGCAUUAGACAUUAAGAAAAUUUCUGAUACAGGGUUGCCUUCAGAUGUCUUCUAAAAGCUAGGUAGUUGUUCAUUUCCUUGACAUCUGGUGGAAGGGCAUUCCACAGGGCAGGCGCCACUACCAAGAAGGCCCUCUGCCUGAUCCCUGUGACUUCACUUCUUGCAGAAGGCCCUCGCCGCUGGACCUCAGUGGCUGAACAAUGGGGGUGGAGACGCUCCUUCAGGUAUACUGGGCCGUGGCCGUUUAGGGCUUUAAAGGUCAGCACCAACACUUUGAAUUGUGCUUGGAACGUACUGGGAGCCAAUGUAAGUCUUUCAGGACCAGUGUUAUAUGGUCUUGGCAGCCACAAAUCCGCUCCACCCCAUGCUUGCAUUAAGCUGCGAUUCAAAACAUAGAAAGCUGUUUUACACCCAUUUGGGCCAUUGGUCCAUGUAGAUCAGUACUGUCUACACUGGCCAGCAGUGGCUCUCCAGGGAUUCAGGCAGGGUAAGGGCAGGAGCAUCUUACCCAUAGAGGCUAGCGGCGCCAAGUUCUGGAGGGCGCCAGGGAAGAGGCGGAGGCUGGACGCAGCACCUCCCGGCAUCAGCUCGCCCGCCUCGCCCACCUCCGCCAUGCCGCACUGAAGCAGCACCGCGCCCGGAGCCUUCGUCUGCCGUGGCCACCGUGGCACGAAGCAGCCAGCUGAGCUGGGAGACCCUGUGCCCAGCCUCCACCUCUUCCCCACCGGAGGAGCCACCCUCCAGCCGCCGUCCGCCUCCUCCAGCCCUGCCGGCAGCACCGUCCUCCCUAAAAAACUCUGGGAAAUGGGGGGGCGCUGGAGGGAGCUUUGCACCACAGCGCCAGAUAUGCUUAAGACAGCCCAACCUCUGAAGAGCCACAGGUUCCCAGCGCCCUGCUCUAGAGCCAGCAUGCUGUUUCCAGGCCCCAGGUUCACCAGUUCCUAGAUUGUGUGCUGUGUUUGUUUGUUUUUUACAAUAAUAUUUAUUAAUUUUCAUAGAUAAACAUAACAAAAAGGAAAAAAAUAAAAAAAUAAAAAACUUAAAGUACAUAAAAUGGAAAAAUAAUUCAAUUAGUUAAUUAAAAUCCAUUUUCAUAAACAUAUUGCUUGACUUCCUCUAAUCUCUUCCAUCUGAAUUUCCUCGUAAUUAAAUGUAGCAGUUUCCAAUAUCAUUAUUUCAUAAAACAAUAUUACAGUCAUAUUCCAAUUUCCUAACUUUUCUUAUAGUACAUUUUCUUAUUUAUAUAUUUAAGUCUAAUUUAAUCCUAGGCCUGAUUAGUUCUUUCAAGUGGUUACAUAUCUUUAAUAUUACAAUAUUUAUUCAAAUAGUCUUUAAAUUUCUUCCAGUCUUCUUGGUGUUCCUCUUCUUUCUGGUCUCGGAUUCUCCCUGUGUUACACAUCUUAACCACAGUACACCACCUUCUCAAUCACUUUCUUGAUUAGAUUAGAGACAAAUUGACGGACUGAUUUCAAUAUCACCAGAUGAAUGAUAUUUUUAACAAAGAUAAAAUAAAACAUGGCUUUAAUAAGAGUAAAUCAAACAUAGAAUUAAUAUUAAUAGAAGGAAAGGCCAAAUUAUUAACCAGGGUCUACAAUUAUCUACAAUUAAAUACAGAUGAGGAAAUCAAAGUGGUAAUGACGAAAUGGGCAAUAGAUGUGGGUCACAACAUCCAGUUUGAGGCAUGGUCUAAACUCUGGAACAAGGGCAUAAAAUUUACGGCAUGCACUGUAUUAAAGGAAAACAUCAGGAAGGUGAUGUAUCGAUGGUAUCUCACCCCAACCAAGUUGGCAAAAAUGUACAGUAUUAGAAGUGAAAGAUGCUGGAAAUGUUUAGAUAAGGAUGGCGAUUUUUACCACAUGUGUAAAAAAACAAAGGUGUUUGGGGACAGUAUAUACAAUGAACUUAGAAAAAAUGUUUAGAGAUACCGUACCUUCCCUAAAAGGCCGGAGGCAUUUAUUUUAAGAAUGGUUGGGGAUGAGAUACCAGAUGAGAUGCUUGUUACACAUCUUAAGCACAGUACGCCCCCUUCUCAAUCACUUUCCUGAAUCCAUCCACUGCUUGACGGACCCCAGAGCACAAAUAUCUCAUGCAGCACCGGUUUUUCCUCCUUUCAGCCAGCAGGUAAACAGUGUCACCAUCCUGGGAUUCCCUGACGGAUCCCACCCUGUGGCUGACGGCUUGGGGGGAAUUCCAGAAGCGUAUCCAUCACUCAGGAAGCAAAACACAGACCCGCUCCUAAGCCAACUGGCAAAGGGGGAUGUGGAGCUAGGCAUUCUCAUACCCUCCAACAUUUCUCCCAUGAAAAUCAGGACGUCCCAUUCCAUAAUAAUCAUUCUACUAUUUAUAACCCCACACAUCUUACUGGGUUGCCCCAGCCACUCUGGGCAGCUUCCAACAUAUCUAAAAACAUAAUAAAACAUUACAUUUUUCUUUUAAAAAAACAAAACAAAAAACAAAACCUUCCCUAUACAGGAUUGCCUUCAGAUGGCUGGGGGGUCAGAUCAUUCUGUACCCUCCAACAUUUCUCCAAUGAAAAGAGGGACAUCCUAAGGAAAAGUGGGGCAUUCCAGGAUCAAAUCAGAAACUAGGAUGGCUUCUCUAAAUCAGGGGCGUCCCUGGAAAAUAGGGACACUUAGAGUGUCGGUGUUAUGUACUGAGUUGAAUAGGAUCCAAAAUGCAGCAGUCUGAUUGGUCCUAAAACAAUGCAGCUGUAUGAUUGGUCUGCAGGAGCCACCCAAUCCAGCUCCAGGUGGAAGUGAAUUCGCAACCUGAUUGGCCUACAGGUGAAUCCCAGAAUUAGCCAAUCACGUGGGGCCCAUUGUGUAAAUAAUGUAUAUAAAGCAGACACUUUGGGAGGACUUGCAUUCCUCACUACUAUGAGCUGAAUAAAGAGCAUGAAAUCCACACUUGACUCCGAGUAUAUUUCACAUUUGCAAGAAAUAUAGAAAGACAGGCUUUGUGGAACUCCUCAAGGGAUAUCUCUGCAUACCCCAGUUCCUGACCUGGAGGGAGGGGGAAUCCAUCUUGGAAGAAAGGUGGGGUAGAAAUUUGAAAAGCCCAGCCAGCACAUUUGGUGAAAAGACUUCUAUAUAGGAUCUAAAAAUACACAGAUUUAUUAAAAUGUAAUCAAUUUGUUAACUGAUUAAUCGGUUCAAAGCCAAAACCUUUAAUUGGUGCACGACUCCUCUUUCGAUUCUUCUCUUUAUCAUUACUUUGAGUUCAUUCUUACUGGUAUGCAGCGAUCAAGCUGGCAAGUUGCCAUCUAGCAUGCAAUUUAAUUUCAGGCUUUUAAUUUCACCUUCGCUUCUCUUCCUAGCGAUGGGAAAUUAAGGCUUCUAAUUAAGACAGAGGUUGGCAAAAAUCAAUUUGGAUCUUUGGGAAAUGCCAUUUAUUUUGAAGUUGUUAAAAGAGCGAGGUGUUUAAUUAGGAUAACCAGCGGGAAAAUAAGCGGCCGAAAGAAAACCUUAAAUUUCAACAUCGUUCUAUUUGGCCUUCUUUGAUCUUCGUCAGAAAUCAGAGUGAAAUUAUUUAGCUGUGGGUUCCUAGACUGUUUGCUCUACACUAAAUAGCAAGUAAUGCGGGUGGUGCUGUGGUCUAAACCACAGAGCCUGGGGCUUGCCGAUCAGGAGGUUGGCGGUUUGAAUCCCCGCAACGGGGUGAGCUCCUGUUGCUCGGUCCCUGCUCCUGCCAGCCUAGCAGUUCGAAAGCACGUCAAAAGUGCAAGUAGAUAAAUAGAUAAACGCCAUUUCCGUGCACUGCUCUGGUUCGCCAGAAGCGGCUUAGUCAUGCUGGCCACAUGACCCAGAAGCUGUACGUCGGCUCCCUCGGCCAAUAAAGCGAGAUGAGCGCCGCAACCCCAGAGUCGGCCACGACUGGACCUAACGGUCAGGGGUCCCUUUACCCUUUACCUUUAAUGCUUCAUGCCUGUUGUAAUCAGAGAAAGGGGGUUGCUCUUUAAGAGAUAAAGGAGUAUUGGCUUUGCAAAUUACACCUUAAUGAACAUUGACUUGUUGGCCUUUUCACUGCAGGAUGAACUUGCAAACGACUUUUCACAUCAACUGCGAAGAACUGGAGAAGACCCUAGCUGGUCUGAUGCUGGGAUACAGGAAAUGCUUUUUAAAUAAAUUAAAGCUGGAAACACAGGUAAGAGGACUAUUUGCAAUUCAAGAAGACUGAGCUAAAACCCAGCUGCUGAGAUUCCAAGCCGCAGCAGUUCUUGUUGAUUUCCUCCAUGAGAUGCCAUCACUGAGCCAGGGUGUGUGCAUGGGCAGAUUGACACACCAUGCAUUCAAAGCACACCCACCACACAUUUAAAGCACAUGGCUUCCCCCAGAGAACCCUGGAAACUGCGAUUUGUUAAGGGUUCUUUGAAUCAUGGCUCUGUAGCGAGGAGACCGCUGCUCCCAGGAUUCUGAAAUGAGAAAAGGGACUUAGCGCAAUUGAAUUGCCGUUAUGAACUGAUGAAAUUUUAUUUUAUUAUGAAUCAGGCCUCUUUGAAUGAGGUCAGGCCUCUUCGAAAAGUGGAUGGGGGAGUAUAUCUUCCGAGCAGUUUAACUGACAGCCUUGCACAUGUCCUUGGAACAACCCAAACCACAUCUUCUUUCAUGUGGUAGGAAUAGGAGCAAUUCUAAGAAGUCGGAUAACUUAAUUUCUCACCAUCGCUGCUUUCACUUUCGAGCAAAGCCAAGGUUGCAAACAACAGCGAUGUUUUUUGCAACUGUAAAGCCCCUUGCAAGGCAGAAUUAUUGUAAAAGGCAGACAUCAUCCUCACUUACAAGCUGCUCUUGCCAUCUGCACAGGGGCUGGUGUGCCAGCAUAGCUAACAGUCAGUGGCAGUGGCAGACAAUAAGUACCACUGGUCAGUGGCCGAUCACCUGCUUUCAUAGAAUCACAGAACUGUGGAGUUGGAAGGGAGCCCAGGGGUCAUCUGAGUCCAACCCCCUGCAAUGCAGGAAUCUCAGCUAUAGCAUCCACGACAGAUGGCCAUCCAACCUCUGCUUAAAAACCUCCAAGGAAGGAGAGUCCAGCACCUUCCGAGGGAGACUGUUCCACUGUUGAACAUCACUUACUGUCAGAAAGUUCUUCCUGAUGUUUAGUUGGAAUCUCCUUUCUUGUAACUUGAAGCCAUUGGUUCGAGUCCUACCCUCCAGAACAGGAGAAAACAAGCUCUCUCCAUCUUCCUUGUGACAGCCCUUCGGAUAUUUGAAGAUGGCCAUCCUAUCUUCUCUCAGUCUCCUCCUUCCAUUCAAAACGUCCAAAAUUGAAUCCCCGUUAUCUCCAGGCAAGGAUGAGAAUGUUGCCUGUUUGCAACAGUGGAGUGAGUUAGUGUAGACAAUAUUUAGUCUGGCUUGCUGUAAGGCAGCUCCCUAUGUCCUAUGGACAUUCCCCCAGUCCCUCAGCCACCUCAGGCAAGGUGGGGAAUGUGCAUGAGUUCUAAAUGUAGCUCUGGCAGGGUGGAGGGUUCUCUUAACAACUCCCAGCACCCUUAAGAAACUCCAUUUCCCAGGAUUCUUUGGGUGAAGCCCUGACUGUUGAGAUUUGUGGAUGUAAACAGAGCCCUACUGCUGCAGGGAUUUUUCACAUUUCCAGGACAGAGGCUUUAAACAUACAGUGGUACCUCAGGUUAAGUACUUAAUUCGUUCCAGAGGUCUGUAUUUAACCUGAAACUGUUCUUAAGCUGAAGCACCACUUUAGCUAAUGGAGCCUCCUGCUGCUGCCGCGCCGCCGGAGCACAAUUUCUGUUCUUAUCCUGAAGCAAAGUUCUUAACCUGAAGCACUAUUUCUGCAUUAGCGGAGUGUGUAACCUGAAGUGUAUGUAACCUGAAGCGUAUGUAACCUGAGGUACCACUGUAUACUGCGGACGUUACCAUAGCAUCAGAGACCGACAACAGUGCAGGAGGAUUUUGCCCUGAGAUGUUGUGAUUACUUUCCUGGCGAAUGUGGAUCCAAAAAAAUACAAUAAUUCAAGGCAUGCUUUUUCUACCCCAGAGCAUCUCUAAAACAUGGACCAGAUGAUGCUCAGUCAUUCCGUAUGCAUCAGCACCUCCUUGUCUUCGCAACAGAAAUAGACUUGUGCUACUUUUUUUAAAAGCAGAGGCUCCUGGGCAGAGCACCAAGAAAAGCUGCUCAAAGUGAUUUAGCACAGCUCGUUGACCCGCUCCUCUAUCCCACUUUACUUUCCCUCUGAUUUACAUUUUAAUUGGUUCCUGCCUCUUUAAUACAGUUGCCAGCUGGUGGAAAAGGCUUAUAUUUAUCUAGGGGAAUACAGUUUAGGGAUCUGAAGAAGCCCAGAACUCAUGGAGGCAUUCCAACUGCCCAUAAUCCCUUAAUUAGGUGGAGCAUCUACGGUAAAUGCACACAGGCCACCCUUGACAAUUACCAAAGCGAUCUGCAGUGCUUCCUGUUUUCCUCCUCCCACACGCCUGAACUGGCUCUAAGAUCUUGCAUCACACCCUAGAUUUGAAGCACUGCAUUGACACACAGCCAAGGCACAGGGAGGGACCAGACCCUAACUACAUAUGGCACACACAGGGGUUUAUUGGAAACACCUUUGGGGGAUAACCAGGCAGAGGAGAAAGGGAGCAAGGAGGAAAGUGCUUAACCCUUCCCCCACCGCAUCUCCACUUGAAACUGUCCUCCCCGCUGCACAGUUUCAAACAAGAGAAUUCUGAGGGCAAAGAUGGGAAAGGGUGAAGCACCCCUCGCCGUCAGCUCCAAAUACAGUGGACACUCAGGUUGCGAACGUGAUCCUUUUAGGAUGCACAUUUGCAACCCACAGCGGCGCGUCUGCGCACUCGCAGGUUGCAAUUCGGCGCUUCUGUGCAUGCACAAAGCGUGAUUUAGCACUUCUGCGCAUGCGCGACUCCCAAAACCCAGAAGUAACCCGUUCCGGUAUUUCUGGGUUUCGGCGGUCUGUAACCCGAAAAAAACGCAACCUGAAGCAUCUGUAACCUGGGGUGUGACUGUAAUUCCUACCCAAAUGUGCUUUUCCUUAAAAUUGUUGUGCUUCUGUUACAUGUGUUCAUGCACUGCGUUCAAGGGAUUCAUAAAUCCUAGUUCUUCAGCUCCACCACUGAGCUGAAGCCCUUCCCCUGGAUAUCGACUCAUGUUUUUUCCUGGAAGCUGAUUAUAACAUAUGCAUCGUUUUGCAUCUAAGAGUAACGUGGUCCUGCACUUUGAAUCUAGGGUGGGGGAAAGUUCCAGGUAUCAAAAACCUGGGAAACUGUUUACCUGGCUGUCAACAAUCUCUUUUUAAAGUAGGAAUGAUAAUUAGAUUUUUACACUGACAUAGAAAAUAAACUAUUCUCCUACCGUGAAACUUAAUAGCCAAUACAUACUGCCUUAUCUUUGGGUUUAGUUCUAUUCCAGUAGGGCAGGGAUGGGGCUGUUGUGGUCCUCCAGAGGAUGCUAUGCUCCAGCUCCCAUCAGCACCAGCCAGCAUGACCAAUGGUCAGAGUAUGGGAUGAUGGGAAUUGAACAGCUUGUGGAAGGUCACUGGUUCCCCACCCCUGCAAUAGACAGUUGCAAGAACAUGUCCCCCAAAUGAUCUUCCCACAUUUCUUGGGCAUCCUGAGCUUUUAUAGUGUGUGAACAUGGUCCUCAGUACCGUAUGUUAAAGUCUCCAUGCCCAGACGUCCAUUGUGAGGGGCUGUAUUUAUUUCCCAAACUUUGCAUGCAUAGUUCCUGGCAAAGUUUAAAAUGUUUCCCAGUAGAUUCCAGUAGUUUUGUUUUCAUGCCCACCUAGGAAAGAAGUGUUAGCAGAUAGAUCAAUGGUGUUUUAACCAGGUUAUUCUUAAAUGCACUUGCAUAUCAGCAAAACAUCGACACAGAAACAGGAGGGCUUGUCUGAAAUAUUCGUGGAAUCAUGUGCCAAGUACUUAAAGCUGGUUUAAAAGCUAUGGGCAAAGACCAAAGGACCAUGAUCAAGAUUUUGAAGAAUGAGAACCCAAGGAGCCACAGAACAACCUUAGGCUCCAAUCCUUUAAGGCCAGCUGUAAGGAACCAGAGGUGCUUUUAGGGUGGCAUGAUCGGUGUGGCCAUCUUAGGCACCAUGCUGCAGGGGGCACCAGAGAAAUGAAGUAGAACAGAGCCCGAGAGGCAGGGGCACUGCAUUUUAGCAUUGCGCAGGGCACCACUGAAAUUUGAGAGCCUGGUGUCUGCCACUGGAGGAAUUUGGCCAUACCAAAUGGCGCUGAUGGAAGUUGAUGUCCAACGACAUCUGGAGGGCUGUAGAUACCCCACCUAUGCAAGAGUUUCUUCUGGGUUAGGCAGGCCAAGGAUUGCCAUAUUCGUUUCACGUUUCUCAAACUGCACUCCCCUCGUGGCAAAUGGCAAAAUGCUUUUGAAAUGAAGGAGGCUUUCCCGUGCAGUUUGUGAGGGGACCUGAGAUGAGAGGCAUAUGCGCCACUCAAAGGGGUGGGGGAUGUCCCAAAACUCUUCUGAGUACCCUCCAAACCCCUGGGUAGGCUCUGGGCCAUAAGGACUUGAGUAGGCCACACCUUAGAAUCAAAAGAGAUGCUUUAGUAAUACCCAUGACUGACGUGUGUGUGUGUGUUUUACCAGCCAAUGUUCAAGAAAAUUCUAAGCCAGGCCUGGGUCGUAAGUGGCGGCACUUUCGAUUCGUUCAUCAUAAAAAUAUUGUCCAUCAUUGAGGAGUCUUCGGAACAUCUAAAGCAUCUAAAGGAACCCAUCUGCAAGGUAAUAGUAAGAGUAAUAGUAAUAAUUAAUAAUUCAGUAAUGAUUUUUUAAAAAAAGUUUAUUUGUUUAUUAAAUUUAUAUUCAUCACAGUUAACAGAAUAAAAUACAAGAUAAAAACACAAGUAAGUAAUUAAAACAAAAACAUUCCUAACCUGUCUUUCACACAAUGUACACAUGGCAUAGCGUAUAUAGAGAUGUUUUGAACUAUUGUCAGCCCUCAUAGUGGCUGGGCCUCGUGGAUGUUGUAGUCCCAGGGUGAACAUCCUGCGCCCGGUGGUCAGGGAUGAUGGGAGUUGUAGUCCAAUGCAUUUGGAGGGGCAUCCAGUUAGAUUUCAUUUAUAGAGACCUUGAGGACUGGGCUGAAGCCUGACAAAAUCUAUUUCUUACGUCCAUAGGAUAACAACAGAUUUCAAAAACGUAAUAAGCAACAAAUAUAUAUACCCAUAUAUAUAACGACCCAACUUAUUUUAGUGACAGUAAGUUGUUUUUAACUGUUUUUAACAUUAGGUUUAAUUGUUGCAAACCUAGGACCUGAGGGUGGAGAGAGAGUAGAUGAUGAUGAUGAUGUUUCUCUUUUUCUUUUUCUCUCUCUUAUUUACCUCUCACCAUGUUUAGUGCACAUCUAAUUAUGUACUUUUUGACCUUUCAAUAAAGAUGUUAAGGAAAAUUAUUAUUAUUAUUAUUAUUAUUAUUUUGCAAUUUUAGUAUUGUAGUUUUGCUUUGUAUUGUUGUGUAUUAUUUUUGUUUUGCUUUGGUUGUAAAUUGAUUAGGGACAUUAUUAGUGGGAUGCAACAGACAGAAUUAAUAAGCCUAAAGGUAACCAUUGCAAUACUUUGCAGUGACACGAAUAAAACUUGAUCUUCCAGGUGGCUGUGCACUGAAAAACUCAUCCAACGGGUUUCUUUUGGGUUCUCUGAAUCUUUCCCAGUCCUUGUGGAUUGGCAUGGCAAUAAGCCCCUGGCUGUGCUCUUGUGCUUUGGCCAACCCACUAUUGGGUUGUUAUUUUUAUCGUUCUUGUUGUACGCAGGAUUUUCUCAACGAGGUUCACAAGGAUGUGGUCAAAGAGUACAUCACGCAAACUCUCAAGCCAAGAGGCAGAAUGAGGAAAACGAAACGAGACGAGGUCAGCAAAAUAAUGUCUCAGGAUGCCACAGCUAUUAACAACACAAUGCAGCAUCUGGUAAGGAAUUUCUGCCAUUUGUAUCUACCGUAUUUUUUGCUCUAUAAGACUCACUUUUUCCCUCCUAAAAAGUAAGGGGAAAUGUGUGUGCAUCUUAUGGAGCAAAUGCGGGCUGCACAGCUAUCCCAGAAGCCAGAACAGCAGGAGGGAUUGCUGCUUUCACUGCGCAGCAAUCCCUCUUGCUGUUCUGGCUUCUGAGAUUCAGAAUAUUUUUUUUCUUGUUUUCCUCCUCCAAAAACUAGAUGUGUCUUGUGGUCUGGUGCGUCUUAUAGAGUGAAAAAUACAGUACAUCGUAGCAGUGGAUUGAUGUGAAAGUACCUGAGGUUAUUUAAAUGCAAGUGAGCCAACAAAACCUCAAGAUCUGUAACCUUUAAAGUUGUUUCUUUCCUAAAAUGUGUUAACAAGAUUCAUUUUAAGAGUAGUAGGGUUAAAGGUAGAACAUUAGAAGCUGUCUUAAGUGGAGUUCCAUCAGCACUGACUACAUCAGCCUUUUCCAACCAGGUGUUUAGGAAUACAGGACUGUUGGGAUUUACAGCCCAAAACAUCUGGACUUGUUCAGAACCACAAUAUUAGAAGCUCUUGCAGAUCAAGAAAAGUACCAUCAAGACCAGGCAUAGGCAAACUCUGGCCCUCCAGAUGUUUCAGACUACAAUCCCCAUCAUCCAUAGCUAACAGGACCAGUGGUCGGGGGUGAUGGAAAUUGUAGUCCCAAACAUCUGGAGGGCCAGAGUUUGCCUAUGCCUGAUCAAGGCCAAGAGGAUGUCCAUGUGGUAAGAGUCAAAAAACUGGUCCUGCUAGCUAGGGAUGAUGGGAGUUGUAGUCCGAAAACAGGUGGAGACCAAAGUUUGGGAAACCCUCCUUUAGAAAAUGUAAGUCUUGUUGAAAUGUGGAGAACAAAAAGGGACACAAACUUUGGCAAAAUAAAUACAAGCAGACUAUAAAAGAUGAUGGGAAAAAACCAAAUUGAGGAGUACACCGCUAAAAAGAUAAAGACCAACAACAACAAAAAGUAUUUAAAUACAUGAGUAGUAGGAGACCAGCUAGGAGUGUGAUCGAACCUUUGGGUGCCAAAAUGUUAUCAGAGAUACAUUGCUUUUUCGAAACCUGAAUGCUUCCAUCUUAACUGCAGGUCAUUUGGUGGUGGGGGAAUAACCAGGUAUUCUAACAUAUUUCCAGGGUUCAACUUCCGACUGGCUCGCUCCUGCCAUAGAAUACAUUGCUAGAAUAAUUGGCGAGGAAGAAAAACCCAGAAUCAAGGACCACGUUAACUGUUUAUACCAGGAUUAUCCAGACAUCAGGUAUGCCAACCCAUUCCGAAUAGCUGUAACUCGCAGGUUUGAUUAUUACGAUCUCUCUCGUUCUCUAGGUGGAGGUUUUCUGUGCUGCUUGUGGGUGCAAAGUAGAGUGCAAAGUGACUCCUAGGGAGCGAUCAUAUGUAUGUUACAUCCCCCCACCCCACUGCCGUAUUAGUAGCUGAAUCGAGGGGGGGGCACUCCCGCUUUUUCAGUUUUAUUGCAAUUAGGGAUGGGCGAACCUGCCAGUUUUGGGUUCUCUCAAAUUGGGACAAUGAGAAACUGAGAGAGACCUAAACUGGCAGACUCGCCCAUCCUUGGGCCUUAUAGAUGCUCCCCCGUUUCCUUCUUUGUGGGGGCACAUUGCUGCUUUGAUUCAUCGGUUUGUUUUCAGAUAUAUUUUACUCAGAGUAAAGGUAAAGGGACCCCUGACCAUUAGGUCCAGUUGCAGACGACUCUGGGGUUGCGCGCUUAUCUCGCUCUAUAGGCCGAGGGAGCCAGCGUUUGUCUGCAGACAGCUUCUGGGUCAUGUGGCCAGCAUGACUAAGCAGCUUCUGGCGAACCAGAGCAAUGCACAGAAACGCCGUUUACCUUCCCGCCGGAGCGGUCCCUAUUUAUCUACUUGCACUUUGAUGUGCUUUCGAACUGCUAGGUUGACAGGAGCAGGGACCGAGCAACGGGAGCUUACCCCGUCGUGGGGAUUCGAACUGCUGACCUUCUGAUCGGCAAGUCCUAGGCUCUGUGAUUUAACCCACAGCGCCACCUGCGACCCUUCCUUUACUCAGAGUAGACCCUCUGAAAUUAAAGACCAUCGCCAACUUAGGUCCUUCAAUUUCAGCAGGCUUGUGCUAAGUGUAAAUAAAUAAAUUUUUGUUUAUACCCCGCCCGCCCCAGCCAGGGCCGGGCUCAGGGCAGCUAAAACCAAAUAUUAAUUACAAUAAAACAUAAUAGAGAAAAGAAACAACAACAACAACAACAACAAACAGUUAAUUAAAAUACGGCUUAAAAUACAGCUUAAAAUGCAGCCUCAUUUUAGUAGUAGCCCAUAAAUCAAGACCAUAAAGGGAGGAAACACCAGAUAUUCACCCAAGCCAGCUAUCCAUGCUGGUCCUACAUGGGCCAGCAAAAAAGCCAAGGGAAAAUUUAUAUACUAAAUCCCAUAUAAGAGGUCAGAGUGAGUCUAAGCCGAAGGCUAGGAGGAACAGCUCCGUCUUGCAGGCCCGGCGGAAAGAUGUCAAAUCCCAUAGGGCCCUAGUCUCUUGUGACAGAGCAUUCCACCACGUCGGGGCCAAUGCUGAAAAGGCCCUGGCCCUAGUUGAAACCAAUCUAACCUCCUUGAGGCUUGGGACCUCCAAAGUGUUGUUAUUUAUGGACCUUAAGGUCCUCUGUUGGGCAUACCAGGAGAGGCAGUCCCGUAGGUACGAGAGUCCUAGGCCGCAUAGGGUUUUAAAGAUCAAAACCAGUAACCCAUUCUAUUCUGCUGCUUUCUUUCAUUUCCCCCUGAAUUUUGCUUUAAAUUUAUCAGGUGCAGUUGGGGGCCCCUUCAGUGCAUUCUUUACAGGGUGAGCCCAUCUUAUCCCUUCUAUAACACCAUGUGGGCAUUUUUGGGGAGAGGAGGCAGAGCAAGAUGAUCAGAGUUGGCCAAACAUCUUGGUGCCUGAGACAAUUAAAUGGCUGGCCCCACCCCCAAAAAAACCCACACUUAAAGUCAUAUUGUACCCACAACUGGUCAAGUUGUGUUUGCGCUUAAGGCAAAAACUCCCCCAACUACCUGUCCACCUCCCUGGCAGCAAAACAAUAAGAAAUUAAAAUUACUAACCAUUUGCUGCCCUUUCAUGACAGCUAUCAUCAUCUUCCCCUAGGCAGCCACCUCACUUUGCCUAAUGAUAGGGCCGGCCCCGGAGAAGAUGGAAGGGCGGAGAAGAGGCAGAACCAAGUCAUUUCCAUCCAGCUUUGCUUGUUUACAGGGAGGGAUAAAGAGAAUUGGCUAGGAUUCAACUAAUGAAUCCCAUCACUGGAAGCACUGUGUAAGGACUUCUGCUUGCGCAAGAGGGUUGCCUGCAUCUCCUCCCCACAAAACAAACAAUCAGAAGUGUGUGACAUUGAAUUCUUCCCAUGUUCUCUUAUUCCAUGCUCCUCUUUCCUCAAUCUACAGCAGGAGACACUAAUUUUACUUUUUUUAAAAAAAAGAUGUUUAAAUAAACAUUCCUAACCAGCUUUUUUUUUUAACAGAAACUUAGCACAGCUGCCAGCCCUAACUGUCAUAAUUCUUGACACACUGGCUAUUAUUGCAACAACAAUGAAAUAACCAUUGCCAUAAAAAAGCACAAACAACUAUUUGCCAGAGAAGACAUGCCUCCUUUGUGUAUGCCCUGGGAAGUUCCAGGGCUGUUCCUCUUUAUAGGGUCUGCUUCCUCAUGAUAAGAAAGAAUUCUGCAGAGGAUGGGGUAGGGGGAAAACUCAGUUAAGUUUGAAGCAGAACACAUAUGAGAACCAAAUACGAUAAUCGAACCAAAGCACAGACAUCCUUCAAAAAUCAGCAUUUCUCUUAAAUAUGCAGUGCUGUUCUCCAGCCAAGUAACACAUUGCAAUAAUAUGUAAACGAGUGUAAAGUAUGCAUAAAAAUGCAUAAUAUACAAAAAUGAGUUACCGUAUUUUUCCAUGUAUAAGACUAGGUUUUUCCCCUAAAAAUAAUGUCAAAAAUACACGGGGCCAUCUCCCCCCAUUUUCUUAAAUCCGAGUCCCCCAAAACAGGGGGCGUCUUAUACAUGAGGGCGUCCUAUAGACGGAAAAAUAUGGUAAUAUUGGUGGGAAAUUCGCACGAAAAUGCUGGUGGAUUUUCACAAGGUUCUUUUUUAAAAGACACACAAAACAAUCACUAAUUGUUGUGGAAAGGUAAAUUUGAGACUGGAAAAAUGAGAAACUUCAAGCACUGAAAGGAAUAGAGAGGCCCAUCCCUACGGUAGAUUUAGUUCCGUCUCCGCCAACCUGCCACCCUCCUAAUGCCGGGAGCUAAAACUAACUUCAGCCCCAGUCAGCACAGCUGGUGGUUCUUGUAAUCCAAAAUGGCCAUGUUGGCUGGGAGUGGUGGGAGUUGCUAUCCAAAACAUUUGGAGAGCACCUGGUUGGUGAAGACUGGCAUAUGGUGUCUUUAUAAUAUCUGUUUCUUUGCAAAUAUACAAGCCGAACAUAAUGGAAGCAACUGAAUUCCUAGAACAGGCAGCACAACCACUAACUGAUAAUAUAACAUCACACAGAUUUAGGUGCUUUCUAAGGUAUGGCAAUCCUAGGUAGGUUAGGACAUUCAGAGUCAUUCUCCACCUUGGCUAAAUGCCCCCCCCCCAGACCCUCCUAUGUCAGUGGGCCAGGUGGCAAAAACAGGCUAUAGCACUCUGAAUCAGCACUGGGCAGCUAGAAGCUGCCAUUUUAAUUUCCCACAAUGCCUCCCUCCAUGUAACAUUUCUCCAGGUGCAUUGUGGGGGUGUUAAAGUGGAAACUCCCCAACUUAGCCACUUUCUACAAGAAAGGACUUUGCAGAAUUCUCUCCCCUCCCACCCCACCACCCCAGACAUGGGGAAAUGACUUUGUAAUUUAAGACCUUAUGGUCUUUUACCUACAAUUGACCAGAUUACAGCUUAUUGGAUGACAACAGCAUUUUAGAAACUCCAGGCCUCUAUGAUCAUUUGGGUGUCAAUGUUUGCCAAUGAAUGAUGGGAGCUGAUCUUUUUAUUGCCUCGUUUUGCUUUUGUUUUACAUGUAUAUUUCCCCCAUUUGUUUCUUGGAGAAUUCACCUUCAUUGCAUUUUGCAGAAAGGAGCACAUUGUCGCUGUUCUUGCUCUUCGAGGAUUGAGUCGAAAUAAGAGGCGAGCGAUAGCUGACCACAUGAAGCAGCCGUCAGAAGAGUUGGGAUGCAGGACGCUCUUUGCUGAAAUAGAAGUCCCAAGAACCACCCAGUGCUUUUUUUAAAAUCUGCAGAAAUGAAAUGUUGAGCUAUGCUUGUUUCCAUGUAUUUAUGAACAUACAAGCACUUGAACAGAGUCAGGCCAUUUGUCAAUCUCUCUGCGGCUCUCCACAUCUUGCUCCUUAAUGAUCCUUUUAGCAGAAGAUGCCUAGGAUGAGUCUCAGAAGAUUAUAUACUUGCUAAAAAUGGACACUACUUAAAAAUGGAAAGCGUAAUGCUAGUGGUCAACAAAAGAGGUCUAAAGAAAGGCAAAUCUAAAAAAAAUGCAGUAGAAACACUGACAACUGGGAAACACUGGCCUGUGAGCUCUCCAAUUGGAGAACAGCCGUUACCAAAGGUGUCAUGGACUUUGAAGAUGCUCAAACUAAGGAUGAAAGGGUGAAACGUGCUAAGAGGAAAGCACGUUUGGCAAACCCUCACCAUGAUCAAUUCCUGCCCGGAAACCAAUGUCCUCACUGCGGAAGGACAUAUGGAUCUAGAAUUGGCCUCCACAGUCACAGACUCACUGUUAAGACUGUGUUUGUGGAAGACAAUCUUACUCAGAUACGAGUGAUCUCCAAAGAAGAAGAAGAAGAAGAAGAAGAAGACUACUUCUGAGCUAUAGUCUCUCUCCAAUUUAAUAAUGAGAAGGUCUUCUCUCCUUACUGUAUUUAUAGAGGUGUUUGCCUGUCCUCUCUCAGGUGUGGGAAACCUCCAGCCCACAAGUCAACUUCUUCCCCGCAGGGGUCCCAGCUUAGCACACCAGAUCAUUCCCUGCAAACCACAGCUGCCUACCCUACACCUGAUGCCCUGUUUGGGGCAGGUGGGUGUGGUUUCAAAGGCACAACUGGGAGGUUAAACUGAGCUUCCUAUUACUCCUUUGCUAGAGAAAAGCACAUUCCCAGCGCCCAACCGAUAAUUCUUAAUUUUAGAAGGGUUUUUAGAAAAAUGGGAGUGCCUUCAAAUAUGCCCAUCAAUCAUGUCAGGUGACUGAAAGAUGGGUGACCUUACCCAUCUCUCAGAUUUGAUCCAUGGAAUACUCUCCCCAGGGAAGUUUACCUGGCACCUUCAUUAUGCACCUUUCGGAGUCUGGUGAAAACUAACUUCCUGUAUCUAUUUAAAUGUGUUUGAGGGAGGCGGGGGGGGUUAUUGGUUUGUUUUGGUCUUGUUCAUGUUUUUAUUCUGUAGUUUGUGCUUUUAUUGUGUGGUUUGUGCUUUUAUCUUGUAUUUUUUUAUGCUGUGAACUGCCCUGAGAUAUAUGGGUGAAGGGAGUACAAAUUUAAUUAAUUAAUUAAAGGAGGAGACACGAUAUGGGGAACUCGACUAAAAGCAUAGCCAAGAAACCAUGGCCGCACCCGACACGUGAAUAGAAUUAAUAUGACCCUGACAUUCCUCAAAAGAAAACAAAGAAGAUCUGUUGGCGACCAGCUGUCACAUGUCAAACACCACAACAGACCUUCCCAUCACUUGAUUUUCCUCCCGAUACCAUACUUUUCAGAAGAGGAAGUUUCAGCCAGUUUUUCUGAAUAGUCCAGUCAAGUGAUACAAAUCUUACCUCUCACCUCAGAGCGAAUGUAAAGCAGGCCUAAUAACAUCAGCAUUCAAAUGUAUUUGUUUUGUUUUGUUUUUGUUUCCCCCCUCCUUUCUUUUUUCCUCCCCCCCUUCCCCUUCCCUUUUUCUUCUUCUUUUUCUCUUUUCUUUUUUUGUGCCUCCUUUCUUGGUCUUUCUCUUUUUGAUGCGUUAAGAAGGAGAUAAAGAGAUAAAAGUGUAACAUGAAAACUUCAGUAAGUCAAAAGUGAUGUUGUGUAAUUUUUCUAUUACUAUUUACAUAUUGUUAAAAUUGGUGAAUUGUAAUGAAUUGAUGUAACAAUUACUGUGGUUUUUUCCUUUGUUAUUGUUGAAUUCUAAAUAAAGUAUUAUUCUUCUCUUU